GCAUCAAGACUAAUCAUCAGCCUUCAUAAGGACUGAUUGUGGACUGCUCGUCGCCAGCGUCCUCGUUGGGCCUUAAUUGGAAGAGCCGCCGUGUUGGGGACGAGGACGGUUGAAKGAGCGUCCCUCUUAAGGGGGCCCUGCCAGAAGAACCUUUAUGGGACCCUAAUGACCUGCAGGUGGAUGAUUUACUUGCGGUAAUUAAGGUCAACAUGGAUUUGUGGGUCCUCAUCCUUCUGCUCGGAAGCGGCCUCAUCAGCAUAGGUGCUAACAAUGUGACAACAGAGCCGCCCACGACCACGCUGCCUUCGCCCGAGAGCCCCGUCAGAGCAACGACAGCGAGUCCAGAGCGUGGCAGCCCCAAUGCCACCACCACCAGCCCCAAUGCCAGCUCCCCCGCCACCGCCGUCCCCACCGCGGCGCCGGAGCCGCCCGCCACRACAGCGACGGGACCCCCGCCGACCCCCACCGUGCUGGGGCUCAACACCUCCACCCUGGGCACGACCCUGCCCACACCCCCGGCCACCUCCGCUGUCCCCAGCACGUCACCGUCCACCCCCUACGCCGCUCCGCCGAGCACGGACGAGGAGGCGACAGAGAGGAACUUCAGUGUGACGGUGACAACCCAGGAGACCUCUUCUGCUCCCCACAAUGGUAACUCUGACAGAAGAGAUGAGACUCCAAUCAUUGCUGUGAUGGUGGCCCUGUCCUCCCUCCUCGUCAUAGUAUUUAUUAUUAUUGUGCUGUACAUGUUAAGGUUCAAGAAGUACAAGCAGGCCGGGAGCCACUCCAACUCCUUCCGCUUGUCCAACGGCCGCGCGGACGAUGCAGAGCCACAGAGCAUGCCGCUGCUCGCCAGGUCGCCCAGCACCAACCGCAAGUACCCGCCGCUGCCCGUGGAGAAGCUGGAGGAGGAGAUCAACCGGCGCAUGGCCGAYGACAACAAGCUCUUCCGGGAGGAGUUCAACGCUCUCCCGGCAUGUCCCAUCCAGGCCACGUGCGAAGCUGCUUCCAAGGAGGAGAACAAGGAGAAGAACCGCUACGUGAACAUCCUGCCCUACGAUCAUUCCCGGGUUCACCUGACGCCCGUGGAAGGGGUUCCCGACUCGGACUACAUCAAUGCCUCCUUCAUCAACGGGUACCAAGAGAAGAACAAGUUCAUUGCUGCACAAGGACCAAAAGAAGAAACGGUGAAUGAUUUCUGGAGAAUGAUUUGGGAGCAAAAUACGGCCACGAUUGUCAUGGUGACCAACCUGAAGGAGAGGAAGGAGUGCAAGUGUGCGCAGUACUGGCCGGAUCAGGGCUGCUGGACGUACGGAAACAUCCGCGUUUCCGUGGAGGACGUCACCGUCCUGGUGGAUUACACGGUGCGCAAGUUCUGCAUCCAGCAGGUAGGGGACGUCACCAACAAGAAGCCGCAGCGGCUGGUGACUCAGUUCCACUUCACCAGCUGGCCGGACUUCGGCGUGCCCUUCACGCCCAUCGGCAUGCUGAAGUUCCUGAAGAAGGUGAAGACGUGCAACCCCCAGUACGCGGGAGCCAUCGUGGUGCACUGCAGCGCCGGCGUGGGACGCACGGGCACCUUCAUCGUCAUCGACGCCAUGCUCGACAUGAUGCACGCCGAGAGGAAGGUGGACGUGUACGGCUUCGUGAGCCGCAUCCGGGCCCAGCGCUGCCAGAUGGUGCAGACAGAUAUGCAGUAUGUAUUUAUCUACCAAGCGCUUCUGGAGCACUAUCUCUACGGAGACACGGAGCUGGAAGUGACUUCGUUAGAAAUCCACCUCCAGAAAAUCUACAACAAAGUGCCAGGGACCAGCAGUAACGGGCUGGAAGAGGAGUUCAAGAAAUUAACUUCAAUCAAAAUCCAGAAUGACAAGAUGAGAACGGGCAACUUGCCAGCGAACAUGAAGAAGAACAGGGUGCUUCAGAUAAUUCCAUAUGAGUUCAACCGAGUGAUCAUUCCAGUGAAGAGAGGUGAAGAGAAUACGGACUAUGUAAAUGCUUCCUUCAUUGAUGGCUAUCGCCAGAAGGACUCGUACAUCGCCAGCCAGGGGCCUCUCCAGCACACGAUAGAGGACUUCUGGAGGAUGAUCUGGGAGUGGAAAUCCUGCUCCAUAGUCAUGUUAACGGAGCUGGAGGAGCGAGGCCAGGAGAAGUGUGCCCAGUACUGGCCCUCUGAUGGCGCGGUGUCCUACGGAGACAUCACCGUAGAGCUGAAGAAGGAGGAGGAGUGUGAGAGCUACACGGUGCGGGACCUGCUGGUGACGAACACCAGGGAGAACAAGAGCCGGCAGAUCCGGCAGUUUCACUUCCACGGCUGGCCAGAAGUGGGGAUCCCCAGCGAUGGGAAGGGGAUGAUCAACAUCAUCGCGGCCGUGCAGAAGCAGCAGCAGCAGUCUGGCAACCACCCCAUCACGGUGCACUGCAGUGCUGGGGCGGGAAGAACGGGCACAUUCUGCGCGCUGAGCACCGUCCUGGAGAGGGUGAAAGCAGAAGGAAUUCUCGACGUCUUUCAGACSGUGAAGAGCUUGAGGUUGCAGAGGCCACAUAUGGUGCAGACACUGGAACAGUACGAAUUCUGCUACAAGGUGGUGCAGGAAUAUAUCGACGCCUUCUCGGACUACGCCAACUUCAAGUGAAAACCCAAGAAACAAAUGUCAGAAGAGUUGCCUUCUUUAAUAUUUUGUAAUAUUCUGUUUGUUAAUAUACCCCCCCGAAAAUAUGUGUAUAUAUCUUAACUGUUUUAGAGGUUGGUACCAUAAGCUUCAUAUUAGCUGGAGAUUUUAUAUGUAGCAAAGUGUUAGUGCAGAUACUGUUGGCUCCUUUUUUUUUUUUUUUUCCAAUGUUCUAUUGGGGAAUUAAAUAGCGUGAUGUUUGGAUUAAUAUUGUCAUACCAUCUCUCUUCUGGAGAGUCGACGCAGGUUGUUAUUUUGUUUGUAAAUCUCUUUUU